GAAAAAGGGAGACACCUGGAGGGGGGUGGACACAAUCACAAAGACAUGUGAAACAGAUCAGGGUGUGAUACAAACAGGAAACAUGUCAGUAUAGAGACAAAGUGGAGUCGCAAUUCAGCGGCUCAGACAAGUGAUGUAUUAAUAAUUCAGUUCAGAUCGACAUUUUUAUGGUCUAUGGAAUGCCACUAUUUUGAUUGCAUUUGCUGUUAGCAUGUACACCAUAAACUUAUACUAUCUCAUCAACUACCCUACUGUCAACUUUCCUACACACUGACCAGCUGACAUGUGGUGGGCCAUCAUGUGUCCUGAGCUUGUGGCUUAUGGUCCAAAAUGAGCUCUGACAUCGCCCAAAACAUUUAGUCUUACACAGUUUAAAAUGUAAAAUAGCCUUUGAGUGACCAAAACAUCACCCAUGAUAUAUUUUCCACAUUAAAAUGCUCAAUUAAGUAAAUGUACCUUUUCUCUCAUCUCUAAUGAUCAGUAAGGCUGAAGGACAGGCUAGGUGGGCACAGGAACAUCCAAUCCUGUCAUACAUUACAUCAUGUUUUCACAAAUUAUUUGUUUAUCUAACCGUUUGUUAGUGUGUGUGUGUGUAUGUGCACAGAGAGGCUCCUGGGAGGGGAGUGUCAGUAGCUCAGGGAUAAAUAAUAGAGAGGCAGAGCUCAGAGUUAGUCAAAAGGCGGACCUGACAAGGUCACACACAGAACCAAGCAGGAGCAGCAGGACCUCAGCAUUUGUUACAAAUGGAGAAAAAUGAAGAUGUUCAAUACUGUUUUCAAGACGGAAACUCUUCAUGCAGAAAGGCUUUGCUCUCGACAUCUAUCUACAUAACACUGUACAUCUUCUUCUCAUUGAUUUCAGCAGUUACAGUAUUUUUGAACAUACUGGUGAUCAUCUCCAUCUCUCACUUCAAGCAGCUCCACACUCCAACCAACCUGCUCAUCCUCUCUUUGGCUGUGUCAGAUCUCCUGGUGGGACUGAUUGUGAUACCAGUAGUGACUGUAGCAUUAAUGGAAUCAUGCUGGGGUUUUGGAGAAUAUUUCUGUGUGUUUCAUAUCUACAUUACUUUUUUAUGUACUUCUUUAUCUCUGGGUAAUUUGGUCUUGAUAUCUAUUGACCGCUAUGUUGCUGUGUGUGAUCCCUUAUUGUACCAGUCUAAAAUAACAACAACAAGAAUGAUGUGGUGUAUAUCCAUUACCUGGUGUUGUUGUGUCAUAUACCGUGCUGCUAUUGUAAAAAACUUUGUCAAUGUACAGGUACCCAGUAGGUGUUUGAAAGAAUGUUUUUUUGUUGAAGGGUUAAUCUGGGUUAAUAUCAUCGACCUUGUAAUUACAAUGGUUGUCCCGUGCUCUAUUAUUAUGACACUUUAUAUGAAAAUCUUUGUUGUUGCCAGAUCACAGGCCAGAAAUGUUUUUUCAAAAGAGGCUGCCAGUGUGUCUGGUGUUAAAACUGUACAGGCAAAUAAGUCUGAGAGAAAAGCAACAAAAACUUUAUCUAUUAUUGUUUUCAACUAUUUCAAUUGUUGGAUUCCAUUUCUAUUUGUUUUCUUUUUUACUUUUGUAAUUGACAAUUUAUUAUCAGUUAUCAUCGGCUUUCUGCCUCUUGUUAAUUCCUUAAUUAAUCCAAUAAUUUAUGCUUUCUUUUAUCCAUGGUUCAAAGUGACAGCUAAACAUAUUUUAACUCUGAACUUAAGGCGUUCAUAGUACAAAUGUUUUCAUAGUACAUGUGUUAGCUAGGGAUGGGGGAAAAGUGUGACACCAAUCAGGCCAACAAGAACUGGAAUUGCCCUUCUAGUGUCUAGUGGCUCACUUCAACAAGUGCAGUAAAAUGUAAAUGUACAAUAUGCAUGAUAUCAGAUAACAUCCAAGUAUAACUCUAUGGUGUGUUGUGUAAAUAGUUGAUGGUCAAAUUUAAGAAUAUGCAACUCUGGGUA